AAAAGAUCACACGGAUCGGAAGCAGAGUUAACAGAGAGAUCGCGGCACCGCGUGCCUCACCAGUGACGUGCGUCGAGCGCCACCACACCCAAAGGCUAUACAGAGGGUUAGACCUUCUCGAAGGUCGUCCCGCCCCCGAUCUAUAUAAACGCCGGUGCGUUAUCCCAACGAACUAGAGCAAAGCUUCGCCCCCCAAAUCCGCAAAGAAAAUCAAGCCAAGCCAAGCCAAACACACGACGUUUCAGCCGAGAAGAAGACAUGGAGGAGCGGCGCAAUGACAGCCAACGCCAGGAACCCACGGUCGCCAGGGCGGACGGUCCCCCGAUUCCCGACGACGGGUCCGACGACGAGUUCGAGUUCUCCUUCGGGAGCCGGGAGCCUGCCACGGGCGGUGCCGCGGCCGACGAGCUCUUCGCCGACGGGCGCAUCAGGCCGUUCUACCCGGUGUUCGGCCGGGCCUUCGACGACGCGCACGCGCCCGGUCGGAGGCCGCUAGGGAGGCUGUUCCUGGAGGAGGCGCGGAACUCUUCCGUCGGGUCCACGUCUUCCUCCUCCUCGUCGGCCGCCACGGACGCCGCGGACCUCGACGGCGCCUCCCCGGACAGCUACUGCCUCUGGACGCCCGGCGCCUCGGCCGCGUCCUCGCCGGCGCGGUCGCCGCGGAAGAGCGGCUCCACGGGGUCCUUGUCGCGGUGGCGCCGCGUCAGCGAGCUCGUCGUAGGCCGCAGCCACAGCGACGGCAAGGACAAGUUCCGCUUCCUUUCCGCGCCGCCCUCACCUGCCAGGGAGCAGCCCAAGGGGAAGCCGCGAGGCCGGGACAGCAAGGGCGGCACCGAGCUCGACACGGUGGCCGCCAGCCACCGCAUGUUCUACGGCGCCAAGGCCUCCCCCGGCGCGGCGCGGCGGACCUUCUUGCCGUACCGGCAGGAUCUCGUGGGCCUCUUCUCCACACCCAAGGGGCUCAGCCGGAGCCAACACAACCCGUUCGGACUUCCAAGAUGAAGAAGGCGCGUCCCCCGUCCCGCCGUGAAGAACCAGUUUCAAAAUGUGAGAUUUCACACUUGGGUUGAAAUUUCGAACUUUUGACCCGGGAGAAACUUCGUGUCCGCUAAUUGGCGAUGGUAUAACUGGGUUUGUUGCACGGGAUUGAGCUAGUCCAAAAAGCCGAGCCGUCAAGUCAGCAGGGGAAAUGCGAGGCUUAAAUUUGGAUUCAGUCGGGGAUACCGGGCUCUCCAAGUCAAUGUGAAGUUGUGAUCGACAUGUGAACGGAGUAGGACUGUAUAUAACAGACUAAAAUACGUGGAAGCUCAGAAAACUUUGUAGUGAUCAUGUGUUACCUGUACAUGCAUGUAUAUUCAACUACUCCGUAGAAGAAUAGAUUGGUCCGCAAAGAAAAAAAAAAGGUUGAUUUUUUUUUUUUGUAGAGAUCUCAUGUCCAAGUUUUUCUGCGUGACCUCGGUAAAAAAACUUAGCCCGUCUGAAAUUUUGCUUGAAUCAGUACUUUCGCACUGAGUUAGAUCUUCAUUAUACU